CCUUCGGCAACAGCAGAGCUGCGCUCCUGGCGCACUCGGAGCCCGGCGGGGACCGGGAGACAGAGGUGGGCCGGGCCGAGUGCGGAGCCGAUCCGGGCCCGGAACCGAAGUUUGGUCGUGGCUCCGGAGGUGGCGCAGGCGGCCGGAGACUUCCAGUCCGCUCUCGUGUCUUCUACCCGUAGUCCCUUGACCGCCGGGGACACAGCCACUGCGGCCCGCUAACUCCGAGGAGGGGACGCAGCGUCGGGAACUUGAGGCUUGACAGGGAUGUGAAGGCCCAAAAUGACCCUCCUACCCGGAGACAACUCCGACUACGACUACAGCGCCCUGAGCUGCACCUCCGACGCCUCCCUAAACCCCGCCUUCUUCCAGCAGAACCAAUCCCUCAAGGGCGUGUUCUACCGCCGGGCGCAGCGGCUGCGACCGCAGGACGAGCUCCGCCAAGGCUGCCAACCCGAGGACCGCCGCCGCCAGAUCAUCAUCAACGUGGGCGGCAUCAAGUACUCGCUGCCCUGGACCACGCUGGACGAGUUCCCGCUGACGCGGCUGGGUCAGCUCAAGGCCUGCACUAACUUCGACGACAUCCUCAAUGUCUGUGAUGACUAUGAUGUGACCUGCAACGAAUUCUUCUUCGACCGGAACCCUGGCGCCUUCGGCACCAUCCUGACCUUCCUACGGGCGGGCAAGCUGCGGCUGCUUCGCGAGAUGUGUGCCCUGUCUUUCCAGGAAGAGCUGCUCUACUGGGGCAUCGCCGAGGAUCACCUGGACGGCUGCUGCAAGCGCCGCUACCUGCAGAAGAUUGAGGAGUUCGCAGAGAUGAUGGAGCGAGAAGACGAGGAAGACCCGCUGGACACUGAGGACCAGGGAAGCGAGGGCCCGGCUGAGGGCGAGGGCCGCCUGGGCCACUGCAUGCGGAGACUGCGUGACAUGGUGGAGCGGCCGCACUCAGGGCUGCCUGGCAAGGUGUUCGCCUGCCUCUCUGUGCUUUUCGUCACUGUCACUGCUGUCAACCUGUCCGUCAGCACAUUGCCCAGCUUGAGAGAGGAGGAGGAGCAGGGCCGCUGCUCCCGGAUGUGCCACAAUGUGUUCAUCGUGGAGUCCGUGUGCGUGGGCUGGUUCUCCCUGGAGUUCCUCCUGAGGUUCAUCCAGGCGCCCAGCAAAUUCGCCUUCCUGCGCAGCCCGCUGACGCUCAUCGACAUGGUGGCCAUCCUGCCUUACUACAUCACUCUGCUGGUGGACGGCACCGCCGCAGGCCGCCACAAACCUGGCACAGGCAACACUUACCUGGACAAGGUGGGGCUGGUGCUGCGUGUGCUGCGGGCACUUCGCAUCCUGUACAUGAUGCGCCUCGCCCGUCACUCGCUGGGCCUGCAGACGCUGGGGCUCACAGCCCGCCGUUGCACCCGCGAGUUUGGCCUGCUGCUGCUCUUCCUGUGUGUGGCCAUCGCCCUCUUCGCCCCACUCCUCUAUGUCAUCGAGAAUGAGAUGGCCGAGAGCCCCGAGUUCACCAGCAUCCCCGCCUGCUACUGGUGGGCUGUCAUCACCAUGACCACAGUGGGCUAUGGAGACAUGGUCCCCAGGAGCACCCCCGGCCAGGUGGUGGCGCUGAGCAGCAUCCUCAGCGGGAUCCUCCUCAUGGCCUUCCCCGUGACCUCCAUCUUCCACACCUUCUCCCGCUCCUACCUGGAGCUCAAACAGGAGCAGGAGAGGCUGAUGUUCCGAAGGGCCCAGUUCCUCCUCAAAACCAAGUCACAGCUCAGCAGCAUGUCUCAGGACAGUGACAUCUUGUUUGGCAGUGCCUCCUCGGACACCAGAGACAACCACUGAACCCAGAGGGCACUCUGCCACCGCCGCCAGGACAACCCCUGCCCACCCACCCUCUGUGGCUUGACGCUAUUGCCGCCCAGAAACCUGCAAAGGGACACACCGCUUCCAGGGCUCUC